CUGAAUAGGUGAAGGAGGGAAGUGGGGUCUUAGGUGUAGCAGUCAUGGCACAGGAUGGAGAAGACUAGAGGGUUUACAAUCUGAAUGAAGAUCAAAAAGCUGAUGUACAGUUACAUGCUUGGGGAGACACAUUGGAAGAAGCAUUUGAGCAGUGUGCAAUGGCCAUGUUUGGUUACAUGACAGACACAGGAACUGUUGAACCGCUACAAACAGUUGAGGAGCCAGCAGAAGAUGACCUACAGUCUCUUCUCUUAAACUUUUUGGAUGAAUGGCCUUAUGAAUUUAGUGCCAAUGAAUUCUUCAUAGCACGGGAAGUAAAAGUACUAUCUAUUGACCAAAGAAACUUCAAAUUAAGAUCAAUUGGGUGGAGAGAAUUUUCUUUGAAUAAGCAUCCUCGGGGAACAGAAGUCAAGGCAAUAACAUAUUCAGCAAUACAGGUCUAUGAUGAGAAGCCAAAAGUUUUUGUGAUUAUCAACAUUUAAAACAAUGAAAGGAAAUUUUAAAAGAACUGUUGUCUCUUCCCUAAAGGGAAAAAUACAGUAAUUGACCAAAAAAAAAAGGAGAGAAAGAAAAAGGACAGAUAUGGACAACUAGCCUUCUUUAUAAGAAACUGAAAAAAAUGGGUAAUAUAUAUAUUCCAUUCUCUCUCUAGGAAAACUUGGAGAAAAAGUCAGGUCACAGUAUGUUUCCCAUUUAUGAAUUCUUGGCUAAAAGUGGCAAGAAACUUAUAUCUUCCCUACCCCAACUAUUGACAUUGAAGAAUAUUAGCCCUGUGGGAUUUUCUACCUUUUCCCCUUUUGAAAAUGGGUCAUUGAGAAGAUAGGUUUCAGUAAAUUUUCCUUUUUAUCCAAUUUUCCAAGAUAGUUUUAAUUUACACAUAUGAAAUAAUUAAAUGAUGAGCUGCUAUGUCUCUUGUAAUCCAUCUGGAAUUUUUACUUAUUUUUUUAAUUACAUGUAGAAAACAGUUUUUCACAAUUAUUACCUGACAUUUUGUAAUCCAGACUUCUUCCCUCCCUCUCUGCUACCUUCCUGAAGUGGUAAAUUGACAAAUUGACAAAUCUGGAAACCCUAGCUAAGCAAUAAGAAACAAACAGAACCUUACUAAUGUAAUAGAAAAAGGAAGAAUGCAAAAGGGCUUUGCAAUGUGAACCUCCAAGCAAUUGACAGGGACAUGUGAUAGAGAGUACUUCUGAACUGCUAAGAGCUGAGAGGGAAGGCCCAAAAGAAUUCUGAGGUUUUGGUUUGCCUAGGGGAGUCAUUUUGAGUGCAUCACGUGCUCCUGGCAGCCAUCUUGGAGUGGCCAUUCUGGGAAAACUGUUUUUUGAAUUUUUGAAAUCUGUAACAACCUGUUCAGUUUAUAUAUAAAGGACAUUGUAAUAACACUAUUUAAUUCUUCAGUAAUAAUGGCUGUAAACAUGGCAUCAGGCAUGUUAAGCAAUAUGUUGUUUAUGUUAUGGGAAUAUAUAAUAUAUAUACCUUAUGGUAUAUUUAUAAGUUUCCCAAACUUUUGUUACCUUGUAUUUGAAUUGGAAUGUAUGAAACCUGUAAUGGAUAUUAAGUUCAUUGAUGUAAUGGCCUAUGUUCCCCUUACUGUAAUCUGUGGGUUUGUCUUGUAAAAAAAAAUUGAUAAAUGUGACAAUUGAAGUAGUUUUUGGCAAUAAACUGUUACAGAUAAAAGAGUGGUUGGUAUAAACUGUGACCGUGG